AUGAUGAUGAUCAUGAUCAACUCUACACAUGUUUCAUUUUUCACCCUUGCUGCAUACCGUGACACUGGACUGUUAAAAUAUUUAUAUUUUACUAUUGUUAUGUCUUUAUAUAUUUUCAUAGUCUGUGCCAAUGUUCUGCUGAUUGUAGUUAUCUGUCUGAACAGAAGCUUACAUGAACCCAUGUACCUGUUCCUGUGCAGCCUGUUUGUAAAUGAACUAUAUGGUAGUACAGGGUUGUUUCCAUUCCUGCUGGUUCAGAUCCUCUCUGACAUUCACACUGUUUCUGUGCCUUUUUGUUUCCUGCAGAUUUAUUGUUUGUACUCUUAUAUAAAUGUUCAAUUUUGUAACUUAGCCGUUAUGUCUUAUGACAGAUACCUGGCUAUCUGUUAUCCUCUACAGUAUAAUACACGCAUGACAUCUAAAAAAGUUGCCAUGCUUAUUGCUGUGACAUGGUUAUUUCCUUUUAUUGAAGUUGCUGUCAUGGUUUCUCUGAGUGCUCCAUUACAGCUGUGUGGAAAUAUCAUCCACAAAGUUUAUUGUGACAACCACUCUGUUGUCAAACUGUCUUGCUCUGACACAACAGUCAACAACAUCCAUGGGCUUACUUACACAGUUGCCAUAAUAGUUUGUGUUGUAACUUUAAUCCUUUACACUUACCUGAAGAUUCUUAAAGUGUGUUUUUCUGGUUGUAAACAGACCAGACGGAAAGCUGUCAAAACCUGCACACCUCACCUUGCUUCUCUGCUCAACUUCUGCUCUGGUGGUUUCUUUGAAGUACUGCAGAGCAGGUUUAAUAUGAACAGUGUGCCCAACAUACUGCGCAUCUUUUUGUCAUUAUACUUUCUCACUUGUCAGCCACUCUUUAACCCUGUAAUAUAUGGACUGAAACUGUCCAAAAUACGUAGUUUGUGUAAAAGUCUGAUCUUUGGUAAAAUGUAA